GGGUCAGCGCAAUCUUCGUGUACAAAUAAUUAAUGUAUCGUAUUGUAUUUUAUAUUACAGAGACUGAAAAUGGUGUUGGCCAAACCAAGCAGAACUUCCGUAACAAGUGUUAAGAAAAACAUCAGGAAGCAAUCCGAGGAUGAGGAGGAAAUCCUGCUUCUGGCUGGAGUAGAUGAGGUUGUAGCAAUGGAAUUCCUACAGAGCCUGUUUCUCAAGAAGGUGGCAACCAAGAGUAAUCAACUUGCCUUUCAGGGAAGGAAGAAUACAGUUGACAGAAACAUAAUGAUUUCCUCUGCAUCUUAUUCUCUCAUGAAAUACUCGAUUAAAGAAGAUUCUGAAGAAUAGACUUAACAAAACCAAUGGACACCGAGAUACCUGAAACCAAGUCAAAAAAUUUUCUGUUAACAAUGUUUAAUGUAUUUUAAAGAAUUUUUGUAACAAAUUAAGAUUUUCAGAACUAUGAUUAAAAAUGAAAAGUUGCCAACCUUAAACCCGUAAUGGGGAAGAAGGAUAAUGAGGAUGAUGAGAGGAAAGCCGGGUUUGGCUGCGAUCUUGCGCCUAAAAUUGAAGAAGGUGUCGUAAUCACCGAUGUUCGGAAUAAAAAAUGGAUCCUCGGGAAACCGAUUGGAUCUGGAGCUUUCGGUGAUGUAUAUCUGGCGUGUGACGGAGAUGUAUUUAAGAAGGAGAAAGCAAAUUUUGUUGUUAAACUUGAACCCCACGCCAAUGGACCACUUUUCACAGAGAUGCAUUUUUUCGCUAGGGUUGGAAUGCCUUCUCAGAGGAUCGGAUGGAAAACCUUGAAGGAGGAUACGGAAGGAUAUGUCGGGAUGCCGUGCUGUCACGGAUUCGGUUCUUUUAUGUACGAAGACAAGAAACUUCGGUUCAUCGUGAUUGAUAAACUUGGUUCCGACCUGGAGAAACAUUUCAAGAGCGGAGAGAAACCGUUCCCCCUGGUUACAGUUCUCCGGGUAGGGCUGGAGGUCCUCGAUUCACUGGAGUUUCUACACUCCAAGAGUUAUGUACACAAUGAUAUCAAGGCGCAGAAUCUUCUAGUUGGAGCACUGCCUGAGAAUGCUGAUAAUAUAUUUCUCGUGGAUUUUGGUCUUGCUUGUAAAUACAGGAAUGGAUACGGGUUUCAUAAACCCUGUGAGGCAGAUGAGAGGAGGGCACACGACGGAACCCUGGAGUACACCAGUAGGGACGCUCACAUCGGGGCGCACUCCCGUAGAGGAGAUUUUGAAACCCUUGGAUACAACCUGGUUCACUGGUGCUCCGGAACCCUACCCUGGAUCCAGGAUAUGGAUCCUGAUACUCCGGAGAAUGUUGAGAACCAGAAAAAGUUCUACAUGUCCAACAGGGUUGGAUUCUUGGCCAAGUGUUUCCAACCGGAGGAGUAUCCUAAAGUUCUCGAAGAGUUCUUGGAUUACGUCUCCGAUAUGGAUUUCGACACUGAUCCAGACUAUGCUAAAAUUAGGGAGAUGUUUAAUGCUGCUAUUAAAACCCAGAGCCGGGGUGCGGAAGGAAAGCUCAUUUUCUCUAAACCUGCUCCGCCUAAGCGUAAAAUAGGAAAGAGAGCGAAGAAACUGCUCCAGGAUGAUAAUGCAAUGAGUGGGUUUGAUGAGGAGCUGAGUAGAGGAAUUGAAGAUUUUAACAUUGAUGAAUCUAGUAGAGGUGGAGAUGAUUCUACUUCUACUCGAAGAACCCGGAGUAAGAUUGAAGAAGGAACUCACGGUUCCUGGAACUGGGAGGAAGUUCUCAAACAGAACCCGGAGACGGUUGCUCGGAACAACAGAGAUGAGAAGGACGAGGAGGAACAGAAGGUGAGGGAGGAAGAGAUCCGUCGGAGACAAUUAGAAAUCCUGAAGAACCCAACUCCGGAGAUGUGUAGGAUUAUGGCAGCGCUGAAGGAUUUACAGGAUAAGAAGAGAGAAAUGUCCUUGAAGGAUCAGUUGGUUGAGUUUAACAAGCAAAGGAAAGCUGAACUGCAGGCAAGGUUUCUCUCACAGGAACUCACCACUGCAGAGAAUACUCCAGCUAUGGAAGAGGUGAUUUUAAAACGAGCAGAAAGAUUGUCGAAAAAUGUUCAGUCUCCUGAAAAUUCUGAAUCUUCCGAAACCGCCGUCGACUUUACUCAAGAGGAGAAAGAACUGCGUAAAAAAGCUAUGCUUUAUCUCCAGAGAUUGAAACGCAACCUUGAGAAAACGAAAACCGGAACGGAAAAACCUGUAACAAAACCCAAAGUGAAAACAAAAAAGAAAAUAUUUGUUAAAACCAACGUUAAGAAGAAAGUUACAGAAGAAGCAAAGAUUGAGAAAGCUGAAGAGAAGGGCAAGGACGAAGAGAAGGCUGAAGAUACCGGUAUAGAGAAGGGCGAGGACGAAGAGAAGGCUGAAGAUACCGGUGUAGAGAAGAUUGCUAGUUCAAUAUCAAAAGUUUCCAUAUCUACUAGAGCUAGUGCUAGAUUACACAGACCUUCUCCUACCAUGGAGAAAUCUAAGAAAUUAAUAAAGAAAGCUGUCGCUAAAUCUAAACAACUUAAAACUAAAAUUACACCGAAAGUUCUACGACGACUGCGUCCUAGAAAAACAGCAGUUGAAGAGAAAUUAGAAAGCAAGGAAGAACCGAAACCUGAAGAAGAAACUAAGUCUGAAGAAAUGGAAACGGAUGAGAAAGAAACAAAAAAUAUGGACCCAGAUAAACCUGUAAUGACCACGCCUAUUGUGGCAAUUAAAUCCAAACCUAGAUUUCAAGAUUCAGAAAAUGGAGUUGGUGUUCAACCUCAACCUUCCGAGGAUAAAACAGGUGUUGAAACCAAGGGUUCUGAAGAUAUCUGUGGUGAGUCCAAUAUUCCUGCAGAAUCAGAACCAAGUGGUUCGUCUGAUGCCCCGAUCCCUUCGAAUACAGAGCCUGUGAACCCAUUAAAUGAUCCCAUAAUCGCAUCUUCCCAACUAAAUACUUCAACAAAUGAAGAUGAGAUUCUGUUAAAUAAGCCAACCAUCCAACUGCUAGAGUCUACUAAACCCUCUCUGCCAAUACUAGAACUCUCUGUGCAUGAACCAACUCCGGAGAGAAUCAGUCCUGUAAUUGAGAAGGCCGCUGUAACUCCUCAAAUCUGUCCUAAAACUCCUGAACCUACAGUUUCUGAAAAACCCAUCAGCCCUUUUCCGGCUCUCACAAAUCUUGAACCUAACCUUGAAGAUAUCGCUGAGAAGGAUGGAGAACAGGAUACAAGCUCUGAUAAUCUUAAACUACCCAGUGAUCAAGAGAGUAGUCCUAUUAAGCCCAAGGUUAAAAAUCUUGAGCUUGAAGAAACCAUAAAUUCGUAUGCUGCAACUAAGAAUUUACUUUUUGACUCACUUCUCUCAGAACCUGCAAAACAGAAACUUUCUCCUUCGAUUUCCUCAUCUCAGCAACAAAAAGAAAAUGUAUUUAAAAGUUCAAAGAAACCUGAGGUUCGGGAUGAACCUGCUCCAAGUGUGGUGACACCUUCAACUUCAAUAGUCUCUUCCAUAGAACCUUUGACCGUUAAUACCAGCGUAGUUGUAGCUGAACAACCGAUGUUCUCUCCUGAUGAAGACGAUUUUUCAGUCCAAGGUGGUCUAAACUUCGAUUCGGAGCCUAACUCGCCAGAUUUCGAUCAUACCGCGCUGGAUAGAAUUUUAUCGGUUCUCUCUCCGGAAACUACAGAACCGGAAACUGGUCUGGCAUUAAACCCUUCGUCCUUUGGUAUUGGAAUCAAUCCUUUAGGAUUAUCCGGUUCAUUUAAUUCUACCCCUCCAGCACUAGGAGUUUAUCCUUCUACUCCUUCGCAUUUUCUUCCCACCGGACCAAGUUUUCCAUCCAACCCAGCGUUUAAUUCUCCUUUCUCCAACCUUUCCUUAAUUUCGACUCCGUUUAAAAGCGUGAACCCUGCAAUCAAUCCUUCCCAUGGUUUGCCCGAUCCAAACCUUAGAGUUCCUGUCCCAGACUUUAAUUUAACUACACCCGUCUCUCCUGCAGUGAUACCUGCAACAGCAAGCACUCCUGAACCUACUCCUCCUGUUCAAAAUUUGAAUCCGCCUGUACCGGACGUUAAUCCGACAGACCCGGAGAAAUUAGGAUCUAGUGGGAACCUUGAGCCACUAACGUCUGUGAACCCUGACUCCAAGCCCAGUCAAUUGUAUAUAAACCAAGUACCUGAUCAGUUAGUUAAAAGUUUGCCGACGCAUCCCAGUUUACAACUUUCAUCUGUAUCACCAUCAUUAACAUCAUCUCCAGCUCUUAGUUCUGCUUCAACACCACUACUGCCCGCUUUAAAGAUAGCAUCGCUAGCACCAAAUAUCAAGGAUUUGAUGCCUCAAGAUCAAUCCUUGUCUAAAUCCAAGAAUGAAUCUUUGAAUAUGAUCCCCUUGAAACUUGCUAAAGGAGGUGGGAAGCGCGGAAGAAAAAAGAAAACUCCAGCCCCCCGGGAAGUAGUAAAAGAACCCUCACAAUGUGACCAUUUCUCUGAAGAGGAGAACCAGGAGAAGUUUGACGAUUAUAAAUCUUUGUCACGAAGCUUCUCCAGUAUAAAACAGAGACUUAAAACCCUGGCCAAAGAUAUGUGUACUCCAGUUAGUAAAGUCAAGGCUAAGGAAGAGAAUAAGUUUGCAUCCCCACUGACAAUGAAAAUAAUGAGAAGUUCGGAUGGAGGUUGGGUCGCAGAUCCAAGUCCAGUCGGAAAGUUAGUCCUUAAAAUCUCCAACAGCGGACGAAACAGAACUCCGAAACUGAAGAUUAAAACCCUGGCACGAAACUGCAAGACGGAGAAGCCAUGCCGGAUAAAGAUUUCCUUAAAGAGAAACCAGGAAAAGUCAAGUAAAUUCGAAGGAGUUGAAUAUACUCCUAAAACAAGAUAUGUUCCGGAAGGUUGGGUUAGUUUUGAGGAGGUUCAGAGUAAGCUUGAUAAACCCGAACCUUGUAAAGAUGAAAUUAAGAUUAUUCAAGAAAGCAAUGUUAAAUCUCCUGCUACAAUAAAGAAAACACCAACUAGAGAGAAUAAAGAUGUAAAUAUAAAAGAUGAGAAAAUAGAAGUUAAACCUCAAAGUCCAUUAAUUUCUCUUGUAUCUUGUCCUAGUUCUGGUACUAAGCCCAAAAUAUCUCUAAGAACCGAUCUAUUUGCUGUCAAGGAAGAGAAACCAACUCCGAACCCUGAGAGCUCAAUUCUUUUAAAUAAGUUGAGUCUAGGGCGCAGAAACCUAAUGGAUACAAUUGACUCUUUGUCUGAUAAGAAAGGGUCGGAAAACAAGUUAGUAGUUCUCAACCCCGUUACAGAGGACCUUGACGACAUUAUUGAGGUCGGCAGGCAAUCUAAUCAUAUCAACGAUGACAUAAUCGAUGUUUCUGAUCUUCCUGACGAUGACACGGACGAUAUUGUAGAAAUCUGUAGUAAACUUGCAGGGGAAGAUGAUGAUAUUAUAAUAGAGACAAGGACGGAAUCAAGACCAAACAAUCCGGUUCAAGAGAAAAUUCCAUUUUCAUGUUUCUGUUGUCCAACCAUUGAAUGCAGGAAUAAACCUGCCAUUCCUGUUCCGCGUCCUGAGCUCCCUGCACCAGUAGCUCCAUUAGAACCUGUUGUUGAUGAACCUGAAAAUCCAGUUUCUCAGCUGGAUCAGGCCAUUGCAUCCAUCUCAAACCGGAACCUUUCGAUGGUUAACCACAGCACCAACCUGCAGGAGAAGGUUGCGAGUAUCCAGGGAGGAGUUGGAUUCGUGGAGUUAGAUCAAGCAAUUGCAUCUAUUGCUGAACUUCAGACUUCUCUACUUGGAUCCAGGGAAUCAGAUUUUGACCAGCAGGGGUCUCCAUUCUUCCAGUAUGACCUGGAGGAACAGGGGAACUCAUUUGAGGAAAUCUUCUGUCCAAAUCAAGAUAAAGGACAUGUUUCACAAUCAUUGGAUUCUCCCUUAUCUAACACCGACCCACAGCCUUCUGCUCAUGUACCAUCCGUAUUCCUGGAAAGGUUAGAUCCUGAUCCAUCAGUAAACCUAGAUGGUCCAGUAAUUCAGCCAACCUCAAAUCACCAACCUGCUCCACUAAUACCAAUCCUAGAAGAACUGUCCCAGUCCAUAUCCUCAGAUCUGACUGCUCCAGUAAUCCCAAAUCAGUCCAUUUCUGCAGAUCUGCCUGUUUCUACAGUCCCCUCUCAACCCUCCUCUGCUGAAGUCCCUGUUUCAGCAGUCCCCUCCCAACUCUCCUCUGCUGAAGUCCCUGUUUCAGCAGUCCCCUCCCAACCCUCCUCUGCUGAGGUCCCGGUUUCAACAGUACCCUCCCAACCCUCCUUUGCUGAAGUCCCUGUUUCAUCAGUAUUCUCGUCUGCUGAAGUCCCUGUUUCAGAAGUCCCCUCCCAAGUCCCUGUUUCAGCAGUCCCCUCCCAAGUCUCUGUUUCAGCAGUCGCCUCCCAACCCUCCUCUGCUGAAGUCCCUGUUUCAGCAGUCCCAUACCACCCCUGCUCUGCUGAAGUCCAUGUUUCAGCAGUCUCCUACCAAUCCUCCUCUGCUGAAGUCCCUGUUUCAGCAGUCCCCUCCCAACAUUCCUCUGCUGAAGUCCCUGUUUCAGCAGUCCCCUCCCAAUCCUCCUCUGCGGAUAUCCCUAUUUCAGUAGUACCCUCCCAACCCUCCUCUACUGAAGUCUCUGUUUCAGCAGUCCCCUUCCAACCCUCCUCUGCUGAAGUCCCUGUUUCAGCAGUCCCCUUCCAACCCUCCUCUGCUGAAGUACAUGUUUCAGCAGUCCCCUUCCAACCCUCCUCUGGUGAUAUCACUGUUUCAGCAGUUCCCUCCCAAUCCUUCUCUGCUGACAUCCCUGUUUCAGCAGUCCCCUCUCAACCCUCCUCUGCUAACGUCCCUGCUUCAGCAGUCCCCACAGAGCAACGUCUUCCUGUUUCAGCAGUUCCGUUAGAGCAAAUCUCUGAUGUUACAUCUGUUUCAGCAGUCCCAACAGAGCACAUCUCUGCUGAUUUUCCUCUAUCAGCAGUUCCAAAAGAGCAAAUCCCUCCUAUUUUAUCUGGUUCGGCAGAGAAAAUCUCUGCUAAAUUACGAGUUUCAGCAGUCCUGAAUGAUCAAAUUUCUACUUUUCUACCUGGUUCAGCAGAUCCUCCAAGACCAUCCGAGAUUAUUACUAAAGUUUGUGAAUCUGCAUCAACCCCGUCUCAACACUUGCUACCAGUUGCUGUAACUUCAGACCUUCCAGCGGUUUCAACAGCAGAUGAUUCUCUUCUUCCAUCAGUUAAUGACGAACCUUCUUUGUCUGCAUUUUCUUCAGUAGAGUUAACCACACCUGCUCUGUUAACUUCUUCUUUAGAACUCGUUCCUGGUUCUUCUUCUCAAGCUCUUGAACCAGUCGUUUCUAAACCUUCUUUGCUAUCAGCUAGUGCAGAACCCAUUUCAUCUCCACCAGUCACUACUGAAGAUUUACACAAACAAACCCCGCCAGUAACUAAAGAAUCUUCUCCACUAUUUACAACGUCUGAAAUCCAUGCCGCAACUGAGUUUCUUGAAUCUUCUACAAGUGACCCUUCUUAUACAACUUCUCCAUCAUCAACUUUAGCAAUACUUCCUCCAGCUCAUGAAGCCGACAUUAUGAAACCUUCCUUAAUACAUUCUACAAACAGUACUCACCCUUCCCUUUCAACAGCAUUUAAAGAAGUGUCUGAAACACAAAAAAGGAAAAAUUCGAUAGAAAAUCUUUUGAGUGAAUUAUCCCCACCUGAUCCUGUUACUGAAUCUGAUACACCCUCUCUUCCAGUAGAUUCCAUCUCAGGAGUAUCUCAGAGUAGUUCUUUAGAAAGGACCGUGUUGAAGAAUAAAGCGUCUGUACCUGCUUUAUUAGUUUCUAGUCCAGUAAAUGCUUCUAAUCUUGUACCUGAACAAUUUGUAUCUAAAUAUGCACAGCAUGAACCAACCUGCAGCCAACAAAGAUCUAUUUUUGAGAUUGAUUUCGAGGAGGAGGGAAACGAAGUAAAUGUUUCUAGUCAGAUUUCUGCAGCUAGUUUAGAUGAAAUAAAAACAAUUAGUGAUAACCCGUCCUUGACCCCAGCUCCAAGUUUGGUGAGUGAAGAAUUGGUUUCUGGGUCAACCCUACUAAAUGUAGGGGACAAGAAAGAAACCGACGAUUCCAACAUACACGAGAGCGAAAAGGAAACAAAAAGUAGAAACCUAAAAAAUCCUAUGGUUAAAGUUUGUUCUAAAACUGAGUUAAGUGAAUCCUUAGAUUCUUUUUCUUCUUCAUUGAUUCUUGAAGAAGAAAAAGAAAAGGAGCGGAGCAAAUCAGUUUUGCUUCUUGAAGAAGAAAAAGAGCAGGAAAAAUCUGUUUUGCUUCUUGAAGUAGAAAAAGAGCAAGACAAAUCUGUUUUACUUCUUGAAGAAGAAAAAGAGCAGGAAAAAUCUGUUCUGCUUCUUGAAGAAGAAAAAGAGCAGGACAAAUCUGUUUUGCUUCUUGAAGAAAAAGAAAAAGAGCAGGACAAAUCUGUUUUGAUUCUUGAAGAAGAAGAAAAAGAGCAAGACCAAUCUGUUUUGAUUCUUAAAGGAGAAAAAGAACAGGAAAAAUCUGUUUUGAUUCUAGAAGAAGAAAAUGAGCAGGACAAAUCUGAUUUUAUUCUUGAAGAAGAAAAUGAGCAGGACAAAUCUGUUUUGCAUAAUGCACAAGAUGAACAAGACAUUAGUCCUGAGAAGCAAGGUAUACUUCAAUCUUUAGAAGAAGAGAAAGAUAGAGGCCAAAACUUGGAGAAUAUUGAAGAUUUGACAGAGAAUUUGAGCAAAGAAUUAUUCACUAAUGUCGAUCAGAACUUAGAAAGAACAACAGAAAAGAAAACUGUAGAAAAUGAUUCUGUGAAAAAGCAAAGUAAAACAUUUCUAUACCAAACUGCAAUCAAGGUCAAAGAUCGUGAUUUGAAUAAAAUCUGUGCGCAAACAUAUGUUGACAAUCAUAAUCCAGAACUUGAAAAGGAAGAGAAUGUGGAUGAGAAGGUGGGUGAAAACGAACCUAAGAGGGUUGUAGACCAAGAACAGACAAAGGUUUUGGAAAAAGAACAGGUUAAUGUUCAUCAUCAAGAAGAAUAUAACACUUCUUACAGUGAACAGGAAAAUGUUCUUAAACAUGAAAAAGAAAAUCUUCCUAGUAAAGAUGAAGUGAAGGUUGUUGAACCUGAACCAGAACAAAUAAAGGUUGUUGAACAAGAACAAGAGAAAGUUGCUGAGCAAGAACAAGAGAAGGUUGCUGAACAAAAUCAAGAGAAGGUUGCUGAGCAAGAACAAAGGAAGGUUGUUAAACAAGAACAAGAGAAGGUUGCUGAGCAAGAACAAGAGGAGGUUGUUAAACAAGAACAAGAGAAGGUUGCUGAGCAAGAACAAGAGGAGGUUGUUGAACAAGAACAAGAGAAGGUUGCUAAGCAAGAACAAGAGAAGGUUGCUGAGCAAGAACAAGAUAAAAUUGUUGAACAAGAACAAGAUAAGAUUGUUGAACAACAACAAGAGAAGAUUGUUGAGCAAGAACAAGAGAAGAUUGUUGAGCAAGAACAAAAGAAGGUUUUCGAACAAGAACAAGAGAAAUUUGUUGAUCGAGAAAAUCAGAAGGUUCCUGAACAAGAACAAGAAAAGGUUGCUGAACAAGAGCAUGAAAAGGUUGCUGAACAAGAGCAUGAAAAGGUUGCUGAACAAAAGAAGGUUUAUAAACAUAAACAAGAAAAGGUUGUUGAACAAGAACAAAAGAAGGUUUUUGAAGAAAAACAAGAGAAGGUUGUUGAACAAGAACAAGACAAGGUUCCUGAACAAGAACAGGUUGAGGUUACUGAAGUUGACCAAGAUAGGGUUCGUGAACAAGAAGAGGAAAAGGUUGUUGAACAACAACAUGAAAAGCUUGUUGAAACACAACAUAAGAAGGUUCCUAAACAAGAACAAGAUACUGUUAUUGAACAAGAACAAGGAAAGGUUCCAGAUCAAAAACAAGUUACGGUUGUUGAACAAGAUAAGGUUCCUGAACAAGAAACAAAGGUUGACGAACUGACACCAGAAGAGAAUAGAGCAGAAAAACGGGAAGAAAAAGAAGAUGACACAGUGAAAGAAGAUGUAACAGUUAAUGUAAUAGAAGUCGAACAAACUUUAGGGAAAAUUAAAAACCAAGGAGAAGAUAAGGAAUUGGAUAAUAUUGAGAUUGAAAGAAAAGUUUCAAUAGAAGAUCUUAAAAUGGUUUCUGUGAAGGAGUCAACAAAGCUCUGGGUCGAAGAAUCUAAAGUUAGAUUAGUUCAAGAGCAGUCUCUGAAACAAACAGGGAAUUUGGAGAAGAACAAUCGGAGUAAGCUAGAUACGAACCAAGAGAAGUCUCCUGAACCUCGGGAUUAUAAUCCAGUUUCACCUUCGAGAACCCAGAAUGAAUCUUCGUCUAAACAAUCCACGGAUAGUAAAUCGGAAACUUCUCCUGAUAAAAGGAUUAAAAGAAAGUCUACGGAUCCGUCCGAGGACGAAUCUCCCAAGAAGAAGAGGAAGAUGGAGAACUCUCCGAGCAAGGUUCCUGGUGUGAGAGCUAGGAAACCGAGUAGUGUGGAUUUCGUAGCUGAUGAUGAUGUAACUACUCAUAUUCAGGAUAAGGUGGGAUUAGAUUCUGAUACAUUGAAUCCUGACCAAACCAAUCCAGAACAGGUUGAGGAUGUUCCGGCACCGGGUAGGAGACGGAAAGGUGUGACUAAGCAAAUUUCUCCAGAAAAGAGUAAGAGAGUCAAGGUCGACGCUGAACCUGGAGAGAAAGGAAACCCUGAACCGUGUUUAGACCAAAUUCUCAGGGAUGAGAUAGAUAUUGUCGAUGAUCUCUCAAUCUCUAGUCCAGUAAAGAAGUCUGUGAGAAUCAAGAAACCAUCUCCGAAGAAAGCUGAAACAAUGGAACUAGAAGAAACAGUAAAAUCUAAGCGAAGUGUCGAGGACAAUAUUACAAUUAAGAAAAGAAAAUCUGAUGACAUGAAACCUGUGAUGCCAGUUGAAGAUAAUAAAACAACAUCUAGUGAACCUUCAAGUAAAAGAAAAUUAAAAACGAAAGUUUCUAAACCAUGUUCCCUAAACCAAAACCCCCCAGGCAAGACAGAAGUGCUGAAAAAGAAAAAAGGAAACCUUAAACCUAAAGUUACUACUGAAGAUCCCUCUUCUAAGAGAAAACCUGUCUCGGAAGAGGUUUCAAUCCCAGAGUCAGAUCGUUCUCCGUUCAAGAAACCAUUAUUAUCAGGUGCUGCUGUAGAGAGGAGGGAAAGCUCUGAGUCUCGGAUAUCAGUUGAUACUUUGAAAAUAUCUGGCCGACCUCGGAAAAGAAGAGAUAGUAAUUCAAGCAGUGUUUCAAACUCAUCAGAUACAUCUACACGAUCUGUCAGGUCUAGACACGGGAGCUCCUCUAGCAACACAUCAGAUACCAGCAAGAAGGAGAAGUCUAAACCAACAAAAAUGCCGGACAAUCUCCCUGUUGUUCCGCUUCUAAGUAGACGAAAAGGCAGAAAGGUAAGUCGGUUAUCAGCUGCUGACGGCUCGGGUCCAGUUAAAACCUUGAAAAAGAAAGUUUUGAAGAAGUCUUUAAGUUCUACGGCUUCCAAGAAACCUGAAGAAACGGAGUCUACUAAGACUACAGUUGUUGCAAAAAAGAAAAAGACUGUGACUGCUAAGGAUGAUUGUAAAAGUAAUGAAGCAUCCUCAUCAGCUUCUAAACCUUCCCAAGCUCAAUCUGUUAAAUCAGAUUCAUCUCCGACUAAGGAAGAACCUAAACCAGUCAAGGUGAAAAGCAAAAAUUCUGCAGGCCAAGAAAAGCAGGAGAAUCCAAAAGCCAAAAACUCCGUUGUAAAAUCUCCUAUUAAGGGAUCCAAAGCAAACAAAGAAGGUCCAUCAAUGGGAUUAAAGAAAAAGAAGAAAGUUGUAAAGAAGGCUGCUCCUGUUAAACCUGUUCCUGAUAAUGAUGAUGACGAUACAGAUGUUGAAGAUGGAAUGACAUUAGUUCAUGUAGAUGAUGAAAUCACACUUAACAUCUCAGAUGAAAGUCUUAUUCAACUUCAAAAGAUGAAAACCUUCUCUAAUCCUAAAUCCUCGCAAACCAAUGAAGAGGCUGGUAGUUCCAAAAGUUUAGAAAUUAAAAAACCCGUUGGACGGAAGAAAAAACUUGCUAAAACUGAAACUGUUACGGAUAAAGAAAGUUCUCAAGCAGACACUAAAAAUAAAAACAAAGCAGAUGGUUUGAGUAAAUCUGCAGCUAAGGCAGACGUUAAAGCAAUAGAAGGAGUUUUGAAGAAAAAAAAAUUAGAAACCAGCGAAGGCGUAAACAUUAAAAAGAAAAAGAUGGAAGAUGGCGGCGUAAAGAAAGCGGCGAUUGUAAAUGAAGCUGGAGUAAUUAAAAAAAAUAAGAAGAAGCGAAUCCUUGAAGAAGACGGAGUCCUAAAAAAGAAGAUGGUUGGAGGAGUAGUGAAGAAGAAAACUGGGAUUGCCGGAGGAAAGAGAAAAGGAAGAAGUGGAGCUAACACUAGAAGCGUGAACCUGCACUUAUAGCGUCCUGCCCGAAGCCUAGUAAAUAAUGUAUUAUUCUCGUGCUACACGUUUCUUUCACAAUCCUUUCCCAGCAUUUUCUCCCAACAUGAUUUUUAACCUUAUUUAUAGAUUUGUGUAUUCAUUGGCGUAAUUUAACGCGGGCAGUUUUAUUACAGUUUUAUGUUAAAAAAUGUGAUGCUGGGUUCAUAUUAUUUAGUUAGUUAUCGUAACAAAUUGCCUUUUUUAGGAUAAGUGUGAGAUAUGUGUUUCUAGUUUAUCAAGUAUAUAAAUGAAUUUGUUGAUUUGUUAAAUUAUUAUAAAAGACUGAGAGUUGAAUUAAACUUAAUAUGUUUCAGA